GAACAUUACUGUGAAGACUUUACACUUAAUAAUUAAUUUCAAGCUCAAGGUAAAACUGAAAACUUAUAUGCUGUUACAUACUGAUAUCUGGGAUGUUCGCCGAAAAUUUCAUUAUUACACUACACAAUGAAAAGUGUCGAAGGUAGGAGAAUCACCUGGGUUCACAUAUAUAAAGUUGGUGCCUUGGUCGACACGAUCAUUUGAAUCAAUGAAGUGACUUGAAAGAUUGCACAGACAUCACCCUCAGAGUUUUUCCUGGAUUACUCUCACCCUUUCAAUAAGUGUUUUUUUUUUGUUUAACAACAAUUUUUUUCAUUUGAAAAACAGUUUUAAAGUAAUGUAAUAUUUCUGUGACUUUUUCUGUGAAAUAGACGAACAAUUUCAAAAUUAACCUUUUAGUGUUAUUGUGAACUUAAAGGACUGGGAUUAUUUUUUAAUCAAAAGUGAAAAAACUGUGAAUAUUGCAUGAAAUGUUCGCUGAAUAAUCAAAAAGUAUAAUUAAACAUACAAUCACUUAAUACACAGAAGAGCAGAAACAGUAAAGAAUUUAAAAUAUUCGAGAAAAAAAGUGAAUGAAAAAUGGGGGUUGAUGCUUUAUCAGCCACCCGUGUGUACUGUGAUAUGGAGAAAUUGGACUCUAUUGAGAAAAGCACCCAACACAUCCAUCCAGAAAUUACUGAAGAUCUUGCCGAUUCGACAAUUAAUAAUGAGGCUAUAAAUAAAAUCAUCGAGUGCAAUAAAUUGGUGAACGAAGAUGAAAAAGAGGCAAAAAUAAAAGAAAUUGGAGCAAAUACGCCAAUAUUACCAUCUGAAAUUGGCACAGAUUUUAACUUCAAGCGUGAAAUUGUGUGGUUUAACGCUAUUGGAUUCCUCCUUUUGCAUAUCGCUGCCCUCAUUGGGGGUCUUCUUGCUCUCUUAGGAUAUGCCAAGUUCUAUACAGUGGUUUACACUGCUUGGCUAGUUUAUGCAUCUGGACAGGGAGUAACAAUGGGUGCACAUCGUCUAUGGGCCCAUAGAGCCUUUAAAGCCAAUAUUUGGCUCCGUAUUUUUCUACUUUUUAUGCACACUCUCGCCGGGCAAAAUUGUCUUUGGGUCUGGGUGCGUGAUCAUCGCCAACAUCAUAAGUACAGUGACACCGACGCCGAUCCUCAUAAUGCCAAUCGUGGCUUCUUCUUUUCCCAUGUAGGAUGGCUAUUAUCCCGAAAGCAUCCCAAAGUGAUUGAGUAUGGAAAGAAGAUUGACAUGUCAGACUUGGAAGCAGAUCCAUGGAUAAUGUUUCAGAAGCAACAUUACAAAGUUCUCUACACAAUUUUUGCCCUCCUGCUACCAACAGUUGUUCCCAUCAUUUGCUGGAAUGAGAAUCCAAUUGUUGCACUCUUCUUGGCAUAUUUCACAAGAACCGUCAUUCAGCUCAAUGUCACAUGGUUGGUCAACAGUGCGGCUCAUCUCUUUGGCACUCGUCCAUACGACAAAACAAUGCUUCCGGUUGAAAGUAUGUUUUUGGGAAUGUUAGCUGCUGGUGAAGGAUGGCAUAAUUACCACCAUGCUUUUCCAUGGGAUUACCGCGCAUCAGAAUUAGGUACUCCCUACAAUCUCACGGGAUAUUUUAUUGAUCGCCUAGCAGAAAUAGGAUGGGUUUGGGACAGAAAAACAGCUACUCCAAACAUGGUAAAAAAUCGAGUUCUACGAACAGGAGAUGGAUCUCAUUUGAUUUAUGGAAAUGAACUUGAUCGACGUGCUGUAAAGACCUUCCAGAACUGGUGGAAGCACCCUAUGAAUCCAUCCUACACUUCUAUCUAUUUCCCUCAACCUAAAACCCUUAAAUCUAAUGGAUAUGCUCUUAUAUCCGACGAAUUGGACAAAUCUGAACUCGACGAAGAACGUCUCAAGAAAGAAAAUGACGACCUUCAGCAUAAACAAAAUAACGAUGAUGCUCUCAAAAACUUUAACAUAGCCAAGUAUAUUGUUGGCAAAGCUCAAUUGAAUGAUGGGACAAAUGAUGUUGUAAAUUAUGUCAAUAAUAAUAUUAAACAUUCCCCUCAGAUAAAAUCCACCCUCAAUAUCUCCGAAGAGCACGUGAUGGAAAGAAGAGAUACACACGAGCUAAGAAUUCGCCUGAGACAACCAUCAUCAAUUUUUACCCAUGAAACUUAAUUAAGAAUAUUAUUCCACACAAUUACUUUAAUGCAGGACUCUACUAUAACUAAUUAGGGUGUUUUAAGUUGUUGAUAAAAAGAAUUACAACAAAGAAAAUAAAUUAAAUGUUGAACACUAAUAAGUUUUUUGAUUGCCUUUCAGAAUAAUUUAAAUUUUCAUGUUUGAAUUAAAAAUAAUUGAAUAUGGUAAAUUUUUCUAAGCAAUAUCAUCUAAACAAAGAAUAUAAAGAAAACUCUAAAAGGAUCUUACAACAGUGCAUUUUGUUCUCUAUACAAAAAUGUGUUUCGCUUUAGCAGCAAUACUUUCGCAGACUUAUUUUAUUUCCAUUACAGUGAUGGACUUUGUCCAGAUGAUAAUGGUGCUUAUUCGUCAAAAUCUAAUGCUUCUAUAUUACCUUAAAUUGAAUAUAUCGCAUGUAAUAAACAAAGAUUGCGAUUGUGGGAUUUUGACUCAUAUCAUACCAACAAUUAGCAGUGUUGCUGUCGGUAUUCCAAAAAUUUCUCUACCCCUUGUUGGUAGUAUUUGUCUUAGUAUAUCAAAUAUAGUGAGCCUACCGAUACCAGGUGCAAUACUAUCCACUAGACCCAUGUCAACUAUGUCGACUCCUGUGCUCUCGAGUGAUAUGUCAACGCCGAUAUCAUCAAUAAAUUAUAUUUCAACAUCAGCACUUCCGCUUACACAGGAACCAAAACUACCAAACAUCAUAUCAAUGAUAAAACCGAAAAAACCAAAACCAAUAAAAUGGCCUUCUAUCAAACUACCAAAAUCAAUAAAAUUGCCUUCUAUCAAACCACCAAAACCAAUAAAAUGGCCUUCUAUCAAACUACCAAAAUCAAUAAAAUUGCCUUCUUUCAAACCACCAAAACCAAUGAAAGGGCCUUCAGCAAAACCACCAAAACCAAUGAAAGGGUCUUCAAAGAAACCACCAAAACCAAUGAAAGAGCCUUCAAACAAACCAACACCGAAACCUAUGCCAGGGCCAUCAAAUAAACCACCAAAAUCAACAAACGGGAAUCCUGUGACGCCUGCAAAAAAACCACCACAUCAAAAUCCAAUGAAACCAACAACCGAAAAUCCACCUGAUUUCUCUAGCCUCUCUAGCGAACAACCAACCGAAAGUUCACCGGCACCCACAAACGAAACACCACAAUCAUCGGAAAAAUGUCCUACUACAGAAUCAUCAAAUAACGAGACAUUGCAACCUACAUCAGGAGACAAACCGGAGCCAACAGAGGAAGUGCCGGAAAAUCCCACAUCACCAAAUUAAAAAAUUCUUAAACCACUAAAACAUAAUAACGUCUAUCUACCGUGAAUCUGACUCCAAAAAGGAAUUUUUAGAUAUCUCAUAAAUUUAAAAUUAUUUAAUAUAAAUAACGAAUCACCGCAGAAUGCUUAUUUUUGCUAAUAUCAAAACUAUUAUUAUUUAAAUAAAGGAAAAAUAUGUAUAACAUUAA